AUGGGACGCCGAAACCCCUCAAAGAAGGCCUCCCAGGAAACAGCAGGGGCUGACGGCGACGGGAUUUGGCAAAAUGGAGUUGUGCGCCACAGCGCGGCCUUCGAGUCGUUUUACAAAGAGCAGAAGAUCGUGCCUGAGGAGGAAUGGACCGCUUUCCUCGAGUGCCUGCAGUCUGACCUGCCCACUGCCUUCCGCGUGGUUUCCAUAACCCCUUUUCGCCACUAUGUGCACAAGUUCCUUCAAAAGACGCUAGAAAGCCUACAGGAAGAUGCAGCUGCAGCAGCCAGCUGCGCCGCGGAUAUGCGGGGGGCUCUGAAGCCCCUGGAGUGGUACAAGAGCGGCUACGAGGCCUUUCAGCUGGAUGUGUCUCGCCACGUCCUCCGGACUUGCAAGCCUUUGCUGAGCUUGCACAAGUUCCUCGUCGAGCAGUCUGAAGCUGCAACGAUCUAUCGCCAAGAAGCCGUUUCGAUGAUUCCUGCGCUCUUUCUCGAGAAGGAAAUGCGCGGAGAUUCCUUGAUUUUGGACAUGUGCGCUGCGCCGGGGUCCAAAACGUCGCAGCUUUUGGAGGCGCUGCAUCAGGCGUGCGAGCGGGAGAGGCGAAAAAACGGCGAAGAGGUGGACGGCUGGCCUCCUCUGCCGACUGGGGCGAUUGUGGCCAACGACGCAGACGUGACGCGAUCUCACAUGCUCGUCCACCACCUCCGCCACCUCCAUUCUCCCUGCCUGCUCGUUACCUCGCAUGCAGCGCAGUUCUUCCCGACUGUUUUUCAUCCGCUGAGGAGUGAGGAUGCCGCUACAGGUCCAGCAGCAGCAGCAACAGCUGCUCCCGAAGGCGCCGACGUGCUGCUUGGCAGCAACAGUAACGGCAGCAGCAGCAGCAGCAGCAAAGAAGAAACUGCCCGGCUCGUCCCUAUUCAGUUUGACGGCGUGCUCUGCGACGUCCCGUGCUCUGGAGAUGGGACACUGCGCAAAAGUCGAGCCCUUUGGGCAUCCUGGAGUCCUCACCAGGGGCUGGGGUGCCACAGGCUGCAGCUGCAGAUUCUGCUCAGGGGAAUUAAAUUGUGCAAAGUUGGGGGCCGCAUUGUCUACAGCACCUGCGCAUUCAACCCCAUCGAGAACGAGGCUGUUGUCUGCGCGGCCAUUACGAAGUCCAGGGGGGCUGUUGAACUAGAGGACUGUUCUGGCGAUCUUCCAUCUCUCAGGCGCAGCCCGGGGAAAAGCAGCUGGCGCGUGGAGUGGGAAGGCCGCUGGUAUGACUUCUUUGAUGAAGUCCCCAAAACAGCAAAAGCCACCAAAAAGCUCCGGCAGUCGAUGUUUCCCCCCGUGGGCGAGCCGGGAGAGCCGGCUGUGCCGCUCCACCGCUGCAUGCGCUUUCUUCCGCACAUUAACAACACAGGAGGCUUUUUCGUGGCAGUUCUUCGAAAAGUGCGGGAAGUACCACUUGCGCCGGGCUCGGCUUCUGGCGAUGGAAGCCGAAGCGAAUCCAAUCCUUGUGGUCCACUAGACCAUCUGGAAGAUCCGGAAAAAGUGCAAAAGGACAUUGAAAAUAAGAGGGAGGCUGAUGGGAUCCCGGAAGAUGAAGAUCCUGCAGCAGCUGCUGCGGGGGCGCCGGCAGCACGGCGUUUUGAACAGAUUCAGCUGGACAUGGUCGGCCUCGACUGGCAGCCUGAGCUGCUGCAGCAGCAGCAGCAGCAGCUGCUGGCGCAAGAAAAGCGCCUUGAAUUAGAUGGGGAAGCCGAGAAAGACUUGAAACCUGUGGCGAGCGAGGCCACUGCAGCAGCAGCUGCAGCUUUGCAAGCCUCAGCUGCAGCAGCGGCAAGCAGCCCGCGCUGCGCGCCGCCGCUGCAGCCCGGAACCUCUCCGCUGGCUCUCUCGCGAGCCAUUUUAGAACAAAUACUUCAACUGGCAUUUGAAACUCUGGAAAUUCGAGGAGAAAUUUCAGCGCGAAAAAGCACAAGUCCGGAGCUGCGGGCUGCAGCGCAGCGGCUGAGUUCACACUUGUACUUCCGCCUGAAAACAGCGGAAAGCGCAGACUCGGGAGAUCUUGAAUCCCUUGAAGGGAAUCUUGGAAAUGAAGACAACUCAGAAAGAUAUCCCCGGCGGCUUUUUUUUGUUUCACAAGGAGUCAAGUCCUUGGUGCGAGCUGUGGGGGCAUCUCGCUACAAGAUUAUAAACGGCGGCUGCUUGGCUUUCCAGGCGCGGGCUAGGGGAGUCUACCGCAUAGCGUAUGGGGCUGCCCAGUGGCUGGCUCCGUUCUGUGAGCUCCUUAGUGGCUGCGCUGCGGAUUCACCGCUGCAGCAGCAGCAACAGCAGCAGCAACAGCAGCAGCAGCUCGCGGCGCAUGCGGGCGGCCCCGCAGACUGCGGGCUUCCGGCGGAGUCCAGCGAGGCAGAGAGGCGGCGAGUGCUGCAUAUUCCUUGCCAGCUUUUGUACGGGCUGGUGGCAACAAAGCAGGAGGACAGAAGAGUGCCUUUCAAGAAGAUCCAAGAGCUUCCCUGCGGCCAAGCCCUUGUGAACAGCUCCUGUGACGGCUCUUUGCUUUUCCUCGCCAAGAUCCCGCAGGCAGCUGGCUGCAGCAGCAGCUUCACCAACGUGGCAGUGCCAGCCUGGAGGGGAAGGACCAACGUGGAGCUGAUGCUGGACUCGAACUCGCGACUUGCACUGCGGAGUCUCAUGGAGGAAAGUGGAGUGCCCGCGACAGAGGGGGAAUCCCUUUAA